AUGUUUAGCAAAGUCAGAGAUAAGUCAAGAGACAAACUAGAACAAAUUAACCAAGAACUCCAGGAGAUAUUGCAAUCAGAGGUAGCCAUCAACAAAUCGAAUGAGAAAUAUAUAAAGGAUCUGGAAUGUAAGUACACCCGGUGUGAGAAAGAAAUCCAAUCUCUCAAUAAAGAACUGGAACGGCUCGAGAACGCUUCGGAGAAAGAAAAGGCGGAGUUGAGAUCGGAGAUAUCGUCCCUUAAAAGAAGCUUAUAUCAAGCUAAAAAGGAAAUCCGAGAUAAGGUAUCCUAUACCGAUAAUAUAGAGAAGCAAUUACAAGAAUCAGAAGAGCGGGUUCAAAAUUUAAGGCAUAGAUUCAAAGAUAUUUCUUCUCGAAGAAGCUCUCCAAACUUAUAUAAUUCAGAAGAAGAAGAUAUAGAUAUGGCACAUAUAGACCCCUUUAUAAAUAUCACUAGAGGAUUAAAUCGACUUGAAAACCAUUUCACGGGGGGUACACCAUUAAAUAAUCCUGCCAAUAUCAUCCAAGAUAAUCAAAACAUAACACAUAUUCAAAUGUCAACUACUAUUCAAAAUAUCGAAACUGAUGAAAAAGUACUACCCAGGAUAGAUGGAGAUGAAGAUAAUCAAUUAAUGACUAUAUUGGGUAAAUUAAAAGUUAUAAGGAAUAAUGUCAACACAACUACAAUAGAAGUGGAAAAAUCGUCAGAAUGGCAAAGAGGACUGUAA